GAACCGCAGAGCUAUAGGCAUAUGCCAUCGCGUCAACACGUCUUCCGAUCCAUAGUUCCGGAUAGACGGGACCUAAAGGGGCCAUCUCGGCCGUGAUUCGCGCUAACUACACGACGAUUGUUAGGACCGGGAGAGGGGCUUCCCCGAGCAUGCCCGGGCCUAUUUUGUAGUCGACGCUGCCUAGCACGCAACUGGGCCUGUUGUCUAAAUACCACAUGGCACCUUGGAUUGUUCGAGGGCUAGAUUCUCAGGCGAACAACCAACACCCAGUGUCUCGAUCAACCAGCAACUACGGUCUAUUGGGAUGGCUUCUACGGAUGGAGAGCCAGGGGACGGUUCGACCCAGCCUCAACCUCCCCAGCCACCCACGCCCGAAGAAAAGGGUGAUGAGAGUUCGGCGCCGAAGAAGUUGGCUGUACGGAAGCGAACAAAAACGGGCUGUUUAACGUGUCGAAAGCGCCGAAUAAAGUGCGACGAAGGGAGACCGACGUGCAAUAACUGCUUGAAGUCGAAGCGGCAAUGCGAGGGCUAUAACCAGCGGGUUGUCUUCAAGGAUCCUCUCGGUGCAUUUGCUAAUGCUCCGUAUGGACCCAUACAUUAUCCGGCACCCUCUCCUCAAGCCCUCGUGAGGGAGCAGCAGCUGUCGGCCGCCCAGCAGAAGUCGUCGUCGCAAGCUUUGCAAAUCAUUGCCCCUAAACCUCCGCCAGCAGGAUACCACCAGUUUAGCCACGUCUACACUGACCAAGCGGGGCCAGCUGGUUCACCCCCUGGAGGCUUCGAUCCGAACGUGCUCGGGUCUCAGCCUACGCCGUCGAAAUACACAUUUUUCCCACCAACUACCGUAGACGCCUUCUCGCAGCAACAAUGGAGGCAGAAUCCAUCCUCAAAUUUCGGCCAAUUUCCAUCCGAUACUUCUAAUAACCCGGCACAGGCUGCCUCGCCUGUAGCACCACCCCAAGAAGCAGACAGUUAUACACUGGACAAGGGCAAGUCCCGUGCUGAGUACGAGCCGCCUAUCGAAGCCACGACAUCUAACUACGAAGAAUGGGAGUAUCCCGUAUCUGACGAUGAGUCGAUGGCGGAAUCGGACGAUGUGCCUAUAGGUCAAGACAACACCACCUCUCUCAUCUUCAACGACCCGGGAGCUGUUGCGUUCCAAAGACUAGAUCACCCUUAUAAUAUGUUCGGAACGCAUACUCGGACAUUCUCGGCGUUUGCUCCAGAGAGCUUUCUUGCAACAUACAACCCUUCACCGGCGGAUUCUCCUUUACAUGACGAACAGAUAGCUGCGGUGUUCUGGCAUUUUGUUAACGUGACUGGGCCCAGUAUAUCACUGUAUGAAAGGCACCCUUUUGACCCGUCACCGAUUUUUCAGGGACAGGCGAUACCGAAGGCUCGUCAACAUAUUUGGACCUACACGUUCCCCAUCCUAUCCUUCAGCCACCCGGCACUUCUCCACGCCAUACUGGCAAUUGCAAGCUUGCAGAUCGCCAAGCUCCAAGGCGUACCGCCGACGACGUCCCUCAAGCACUACCAUCUGGCUUUGAGACGAAUAGCACGGAAUGUGAGCCGGCCCAACCGGCGCGCCCAACCGUCGAACCUAGCAGCGACAUUAGCCUUGGCGUUCUACGAAGUGUGGAAUUCCGAUCACGAUAAGUGGAGUAGGCAUCUGCUGGGAGCACGUCUGAUUCUCAAAGACAUCCCAUUCGCUGCGAUGACGCGCUCCAUGAUGGCAAUUAGACUGGAACAAAGAAGGCGAGAGAUGGAGCAGCCUCAGGCGGACGUCUUCGGGAUGUUCACAUCGUACGAAGAAUCCGACCCUUUGCACGAAGACUGGGACCUUAUCGACGUGCCGCUGCUAAGCGCCAUAACCGGUAAGGACCUUUCGUACGACGAGUUUGGCAUGCUCCCCGUAGGACAGAGUGCGUAUCGUAGAUCGGGGAUCAAGUUUACGGAGAGGGAUAUGGAGAGGUACGAGCAAAUGGCGGACCUUUUCUGGUGGUACUGCAAGAUGGACGUCUACCAGAGCAUCCUGGGUGGGACGCGACUGUUCCUGGAAUAUAAUGCCUGGACUCAAUGCCCACCGAGGGCACCAAUAGGGAGGCUCAAUGCUAUCUACGGCACGUACGAUCAUCUAAUGCUUCUACUUGGUCGCCUGGCAAACUACACAUCCAAAGAUCUGACCCGAAAACGAGAGUGCUUCAAAGCAAGCGGACCCGGCAGAGGGGCCACUCCCCCAGGAAUGUUUCCGGGCAUGAUGCCGGCAUCCGAGAAAGUCGCAAUGCCCAUGGGAUUCAGCCCUCAACGAGAGUCUACACCAUCCAGCGAGAGCUCUUCCGAGCCGAGCGACCUCGACACUAGAACUGCCGAGGCGUAUCGCGAAUGGGAGGAUAUCAAGGAGGCCUUCGAAGUACUGCGGGGCCGCUUCGGCCCCGAAUUCGAGCCCCUUGGCGCUGACAUCUACCCGGCGAAGGCGACGCCGUUCGGACUUGCAGCACACUACCGGACGUACUCGAUCGCGGGCAUCUGGAUGAACUACUACAUGGGCCUCAUCGUGCUACACCGGGCGCACCCCACGAUGCCGCCCGUCGCCAUGGUAGCGGCCGGCAUCUCGGCGGCCACGACCGCGCGGUAUACCAUGGAGGUGGGCCGGAUCGCCGCCGGCCUCGAGGAAAACAUCGAACAGCUCGCCAACGUAAGCACGCUCAUGGCCGCCGCGCUCAUCGAGUGCUGCUUCCCCCUGUUCGUGGCGGGGAUUCAGUACCGCGAGGACUUUCAGCGGCAGUGGCUGAUCCAGCGGCUGCACGACAUAGCACGGCUGACGGGGUGGCAGUCGGCACGCCAGAUCGCGGCGGGGUGCGAGUCGGCAUGGACGAAAGCGGCGCAGAUGGGGCGGGGCCCGCCGUACGUGCGGUCGGCGGACCUCAACCUCGACCCGGCCGGGUCCGUGUGGGUGGUCGCGCGCCGCAUCGACCACCGCAUCCAGGAGGUCGAGAACCCGGACUCCAAGAUCGUCCUCGCCAAGAGCGAGAAGGCCUCCUACGCCAUGGGCCUGCUCGCCGUCGAGCACGACCUCGAGCGGCUCGACCUCGACGCCAGCGAGGUCGACAGGCGGUAAAGGUAAGCAGGUAGGGAAGGAGAGAGAGAGAGAGAGGUGACGGAGACGGAGCAGGCAUCGGUGACCUUGACUUCAUGACGGUUUAGAUAGGUAAGGCGUGCGUCGGG